AUGGACAUCGACGAAAUUAGGGCAAUGCUGACGAAAUUUAGGAAAAAGUGUAUGGACGAGACUAAUGCGAGCCUUGGUAAGUCCACUCUUUUCGUCGAUUUCCUCGUUUCGCUCUUGUUCUCAACGAGUCUUUCCUUUUACAGAGAUGAUCGAGGAUACAGAGUUCGGCAAGUUCCCCGAAGACGAGAGCCUGAAAUGUUACUUCAAAUGCGUGUUUGAAAAAUUCCACAUGGUAAGUAAGUAUAUUCCGAUCGAUGGCGUUUAUUCGCAUCUCACACAUAUUAAAGAAUAUUGUCGUUUUGCACGCGAUGUAGAUGGACAAGGAUGGUAAAAUAAAAUACAACAUACUGAAGAAAGUGAUCCCCGACGUUUACAAGGAGAUGGGCAACGAAAUGAUCGACAGUUGUAAGCACAUCGAUUCAAAGGACAAAUGCGAGAAAUCAUUCAUGUUUAUGAAGUGCUUGUUCACCGUCAAUCCUUGGGUAAGUCGUGAGAAUGGAACACUUGGAGAUCGUCAUUUCACAAAAGAACGUUUCCUUCUUCUGUUUUCCAGGCAUAUAUUGCUCCGUAGUCAUGGUAAAAGCACGACGUGUGAAUGAUUAUCAUAUCGAAACGUUGCAAGGUAAAAUUAUAUUAUAUUACAUUUAAUAAAAAUAUAAUCAUCUAUGAAAGUAACGCAACAAAAUGAACACUUGUUCUUGACAGUCGUGUGCAUUUAUGGCGCAUUCACGAGCACAGCGAGUAGAAACGAUAAUGGCUAA